CACCCAUCUCUAACCGCUAAAGUGUCGAAAAUACAAUUUCGGCUUUUUUUUUGUUUCCUAACGUAAACAAACCGGACAAAGACUGAACCAAUGGAGAAGGUGGAGGCGGUGACGGUGCCCAAUGUGGAUGCAUAUCGACGACUGCUGAACAAGGCGGUGUCCCAGUUGCUGGUGGACAAGGGCGCCGGCCAGGCGAGCCACCAGUGUCUGGAGACGCUCACCCAGAUGCUCCAGGCGCUGAUCGGGGAGAUUGGCAAUUCGGCGCACAACUACUGCGAACUGAGUGGACGCACCAUGCCCACCGUGGGCGAUGUCAGCCUGGCCCUGAUCAACAUGGGCAUCUCGAUCGCCAGCCUGGAUCCGUAUAUGCGCAAGGAGACGCACGCGGCCAUUCCCCUGCCGCCGCAGCAGACGCAACAGCGCCAACUCAGCCUGCUCCAGGCGGGCAGCAAAUCCUCGCAUCCUCACUAUGUGCCCAGCUACUUCCCGGCCAUGCCCGAUCCACACGCCUACAUACGGACGCCCACGCACAAGCAGCCUGUGACGGAAUACGAGGCCAUUCGGGAGAAGGCCGCCUGCCAGAAGCGGGACAUCGAGAAGGCGCUCACCAAGUUCCUCUGCAAGACCACGGAGACGAACAACCUCUUCCCCACCGAAGACAACAUGUUUCCACUAAUCGCCUGCAAGCCCGCCUUUCCUCCGUAUGCAGCCGCCUUGAAUCCCACGGAUCAGGUGUUUGACUUCGAGGAGCUGGAGUAUCACUACCUGGUGGCCAAUCGCACAGAGGAUGUGCCCAGCAAAGAGGACGGCGAAGAGGGCGACAGCGAGAACGAGGAGAUGGACGGCGACAAGUCCAAGGAGGAGAAGCCCGAGCUGGAGAUCAAGCCCAAUUCCACCACGAACAAGGCCAUUUUGGAGAACCCCAACAUAGAUAAUCCCUAUUUGCGAGCCGCCACCCUGCCCAAGCGAUCCAAAACGGGCCCGGCACCAGGAAUCAUGCCAAGCCGGAGUCUGGCCACCACGGCACCAACGAUACCAACGCCCUCCACCCUAGAGAUAACCAAAAGUAGCGUCUAAGUGUAGCAUGCAGUUUUAACUAUUGAUAGACAAUUUAUACACUCCGGUUUUUAUAUAAAUGCUAAGCUGCAAAUUGAUCGAUGAGGUGAGUUUUUAAGUCCACCUGGAGGUUUUAUUUAGAGCAUUUCAGAAUCUGCUGUAUCGAAGGCAAAGAAAAGCAAAAGUUUUUCAAAUCUUAAACCAUUGAAAUUAAGGUUGGUAAUACCUAAUACCUAGCUCUUAAAGUAACAUUACUUCAAGUUCUUGCCUUGACUUUUAAGCAUUUUAUUAGUGUAUUAUCGGUCGAGAUUGUACUUCUCCAUUGCCAAAACUCCCACUUAUUAAAAACAUUCAAUUCUGAAAAGCAAAAGUAUUGUCAAGCCUAUUAGUAUAAAUUAGGAGCACCCAGUUUUGUGAAAACCAAUUAAAUGCAUUUCAUCGGGCUGAACCACAAGCAUGUCAAGGCCAAAAAUACAAGGCAAUUAUGGGAUGCGAUUAUGUUGUUGUCCAGUCAUUUUUUUUUUGAUUAUUUGCAUAGUGCAUUUCAUAUUUUUGAUUAAAUCGAAUUAGAUAUAGAUAUUCAGCCCCAGUUCCCAGGGUUAUCCGGAAAUGCAUCCAAUUAUUAUAGCCCGGUCAAUAUGAGGAAGUGGGGGCAGACUGGAUUCAGUCAUUGGGAAUAAAUUAUUGUGAAAUACUUGUAAUUGAAUUACACCGUAAGCGCGGAAUUAUGAUUCGAUUUAAUGCGAGAUUGUGCACAGUAUUUGACAUGCCCCAAAGUUAAUCCAGUGGGAUUCGGUAUUUGAUUUUAUCUAGGGAAUAUUUACUGUCUGGGAUAAUAUAAUAAUAACACCCGAAUUUCUGGUUAUAUUAAACUAAGGGAAAUAUUGUUGGGUUGUAUGAUGUGAAUUUAAUAAUAUUGUCACACAUGCUGCUGCCAUGAUUUAAAAUUGCAAGAAUAAAUAAAAAGAUCAUAAAUAUGCUAAUUUUAAUUCACAGAUAAAUUUGAGUAUCGAAAUUGCUUUUUGUAUACGAAAAUAAUUCAUAAUAUAACGAUUCCUUGGGCCUUCUCUCAUAUUAGAAAAGUCCACCUAUGUCCUCGGUCCUUGAAAAAAAGCAUUUCCUCCGAGAAGUCUUUUCUAAAAUGGAAUCCCUCCCCGUGUGAAUGUAUGUGUGCUAAUUAUGAUUUUGAGUGCCGAAAGAAAAUUAGAAUAUAGAGAGAUAGAAAGAA